GGCAUGUCGAACAGCUGACAUUUGUUGACAACAAUUUCGCAUCAAAAGAAACACAAAUUUUAUUUGGAAAUUAAGUUUUACAAGAGAUUUCUGCGUAAAUAGCGACUAGUAAUUCCAUAAUGGGAACCUGGGUUCUCGAAGUCGCCAAGAUGGGCAUGUACAUGGCAUUUCCGGUAGCUCUGUUUCACAUCUUCAACCAACCGGAAUAUUUCGAGGAAUGGGUGACCAAAAAGAAGCGCGAACUGUAUCCACCCGAGCACAAGAGUCAUCGCGAGGAGCUGCAGCGUGCCAUACGGGAGCAUCACGAGAAACAUGAUGCCAAAAUGAUGCGCGCCAUGGAGGAGGCAGAGCGCAAGAAGUAGAAAUCCAAAUCUGGAUCUGGAUGUACCCACCCACAGUUUCGUUAUAUAACACCAAUUCGAUCAUCCUGCAGCUAUGGGCACGUACCUCCGGGUAAACUGAAACUGUAAACACUCUUGUAUUGCAUUUGUAAUGCGACGUAAUAAAGACUUGAAUGCACCCCGAAAA